AUGCAGAAGUACUACAUCAAGCAGCCUGACGGGACGCUUACGUCCCACUACGGGCCCGCGCCCGGCGCUGCGCCCGCGCCCGGCGCUGCGCCUGCGCCCCGGGCUGCGCCCGGCGCUCUGCCUGGCCCUGCAGCCUUGCGAACGGGGCAGCCUGCUUCCAUCAGAGCAGCUGUGGUGCCUGGUCAGACGGCAGCGAUGGCGCCUGGCAAGACCGCAGCUGCAGUGCCUGGCAAGAUGCGCAUCUCCCCGCACCACUCGUCAGUGCCAUACACCGUCCCUCCAGGCCGUCCAGCUGCGGUUGGUCCGCCAGCCACUCCAACUGCAAAGAUUUCCGACGAGGACGUGAAGAAAGCGCAGACAGCCUGGGCCAGUGCAAUCAAGGGCAUCUCCAAGACAUACCUGGAUGGAGGAGACUAUGUCGCCGCUGCUGCCAAAGCAGCUGGUGAACUCUAUGGCUAUGGCCACACGGACGUGCUCUUCAAGCCAACCAAGGCAGCCAAAGCACCAUUUCGACCAACUGCUGCAGAUGCCAUGUCUUACUUUGUUGGGCAUGAGGCGGUCGAGAAUGGCUAUGCCGAGGACGCGGGCUUUGCCAUCAACGGUGGCAAGGGAUGGUCAGACGUGGUCUUUCGCAACCACCAGGUGGAUGUUUGCGGCAAUGUUGCCAUUGCCAUGGGCAAUUACUUCUUCACGAGCGCUGCAGACGGGAGCAAGACCAAAGUGGAGUACACGUUCGGCUACAAGAAGAAUGCCGACGGCAAGGUGCGCAUCUUCCUCCACCACUCGUCAGUGCCGUUUGCUUCUCCAACUGCCGAGAUCUCCGCAGAAGAAGUGCAGAAUGCGCAGGCAGCAUGGGCCAGCGCCAUCAAGAGCAUCUCCAAGACCUACCUUGAUGGAGGCGACUAUGUUGCAGCUGCCGCCAAAGCGGCUGGUGAGCUCUACGGCUAUGGCCACACAGACGUGCUCUUCAAGCCCACUAAGGCAGCCGAAGCACCCUUUCGACCAACCGGCCCAGAUGCCAUGUCCUACUUUGUAGGGCACAAGGCGGUCGAGAAUGGCUAUGCCGAGGACGCCGGCUUUGCCAUCAAUGGUGGCAAGGGAUGGUCGGACGUGGUCUUCGAGAAUCACCAAAUCGAUCUGACUGCUAAGGUUGCCAUUGCCAUGGGCACCUACUUCUUCACCAGCGCCGCAGAUGGGAGCAAGACCAAAGUUGAGUACACCUUCGGUUACAAGAAGAAUGCCGAUGGCAAGGUUCGAAUCUUCCUCCACCACUCGUCAGUGCCUUACACUCUGCCCCCUGCCACUCCAACUGCGAAGAUUUCCGAAGAGGACGUGAAGAGUGUGCAGUCAGCAUGGGCCAAUGCCAUUAAGAGCAUCUCCAAGACCUACCUUGAUGGAGGAGACUACGUUGCCGCUGCUGCCAAAGCAGCUGGUGAGCUCUAUGGCUAUGGCCACACGGACGUGCUCUUCAAGCCCACUAAGGCAGCCGAAGCACCAUUUCGACCGACAGCUGCAGAUGCCAUGUCUUACUUCGUUGGGCACAAAGCGGUCGAGAAUGGCUAUCUUGAGGAUGCUGGCUUUGCCAUCAACGGCGGAAAGGGAUGGUCAGACGUGGCGUUCCAGAACCACAAAAUCGACGUCAGCGGCAAUGUUGCCGUUGCUAUGGGUACGUACGUCUUCACCAGUGCUGCAGAUGGAAGCAAGACAACAGUUGAGUACACCUUCGGCUACAAGAGGAAUGCGGAUGACAAGGUGCGCAUCUGCCUCCACCACUCGUCAGUGCCUUUCAGCCUUCCUCCAACUUCCCAUCUUUCAGCACAAGAAGUCAAGAAUGCGCAGACAGCAUGGGCCUGCGCUAUCAAGAGUAUCUCCCAAACCUACCUCGAUGGAGGAGACUACGUUGCAGCUGCCGCCAAAGCAGCUGGUGAGCUGUACGGCUACGGCCACACGGACGUGCUCUUCAAGCCAACCAAGGCAGCCGACGCACCAUUUCGACCAACUGCUGAAGAUGCCAUGUCCUACUUUGUUGGGCAUGAAUCUGUCGAGAAUGGGUAUGUUGAGGAUGCUGGCUUUGCCAUCAAUGGUGGCAAGGGAUGGUCUGAUGUGGUUUUUGACAACCACAAGAUUGAUAUCACUGGCAAUACCGCCCUUGCCAUGGGCACCUACUUCUUCACCAGCGCUGCAGAUGGGAGCAAGACCAAGGUGGAGUACACGUUCGGCUACAGGAAGAAUGCGGACGGCAAGGUGCGCAUCUGCCUCCACCACUCGUCGGUGCCAUACAGCAUAACCCCAGCCUCUCCAAUUGCCGAGAUUACUGAAGCGGAAGUGAAAUGUGUGCAGGGAGCAUGGGCCAGGGCUAUCAAGGGUAUCUCUCAGACCUACCUUGAAGGAGGCGACUAUGUCACUGCUGCUGCAAGAGCAGCUGGUGAGCUCUAUGGCUAUGGCCACACAAACGUGCUCUUCAAGCCAACCAAGGCAGCCGCAAAGCAGUUUCGACCAACCGGUGCAGAUGCCAUGUCUUACUUUGUUGGGCACAAAGCGGUCGAGAAUGGCUAUGCUGAGGACGCUGGCUUUGCCAUCAACGGUGGCAAGGGAUGGUCUGACGUGGUGUUCCAGAACCACAAGAUUGAUGUCAAUGGCACUGUCGCCAUUGCCAUGGGCACCUACUUUUUCACCAGCGCUGCAGAUGGAAGCAAGACCACAGUUGAGUACACCUUCGGCUACAAGAGGAACGCCGAUGGCAAGGUGCGCAUCUUCCUCCACCACUCGUCAGAAGUGGAGAGUGUGCAGGCAGCAUGGGCCACUGCCAUCAAGAGUAUCUCCAAGACCUACCUUGAUGGAGGAGACUACGUGGCAGCUGCUGCCAAAGCAGCUGGUGAGCUCUACGGCUAUGGCCACACAAAUGUGCUCUUCAAGCCCACCAAAGCAUCUAAGGCACCGUUUCGACCAACCGGCGCAGAUGCCAUGUCUUACUUUGUUGGACACAAAGCUGUCGAGAAUGGGUAUGUUGAGGAUGCUGGCUUUGCCAUCAACGGUGGAAAUGGAUGGUCUGACGUCGUUUUUGACAACCACAAGAUUGACAUCACUGGCAAUGUCGCCAUUGCCAUGGGCACCUACUUCUUCACCAGCGCUGCAGACGGGAGCAAGACCAAAGUUGAGUACACCUUUGGCUACAAGAAGAAUGCCGACGGCAAGGUGCGCAUCUUCCUCCACCACUCUUCUGUGCCUUACAGCCCUGCCCAAGUCUCUGCAACUACCGAGGUUUCAGAAGAUGCAGUAGCAACUGCCCAGGCAGCAUGGGCUAGCGCUAUCAAGAGCAUCUCCAAGACCUACCUUGAUGGAGGCGACUAUGUUGCAGCUGCCGCCAAAGCAGCUGGUGAGCUCUAUGGCUAUGGGCACACAGAUGUGCUCUUCAAACCCACCAAGGCAGCCGAAGCACCAUUUCGACCAACCGGCGCAGAUGCCAUGUCUUACUUUGUUGGGCACAAAGCGGUCGAGAAUGGCUAUGCCGAGGACGCUGGCUUUGCCAUCAAUGGCGGCAAAGGAUGGUCUGACGUGGUGUUCCACAACCACCAAAUCGACGUCAGCGGCAAUGUCGCCAUGGCCAUGGGCACCUACUUCUUCACCAGCGCUGCAGAUGGGAGCAAGACAAAAGUUGAGUACACCUUUGGCUACAAGAGGAACGCCGAUGGCAAGGUGCGCAUCUUCCUGCACCACUCGUCGGUGCCCUAUAGUCUGCCUCCCACCGCCUCAACAGCAAAGGUUUCUGAAGAGCAAGUGAAGAGUGUGCAGGCAGCAUGGGCCAGCGCCAUCAAGAGCAUCUCCAAGACCUACCUUGGUGGAGGAGACUACGUUGCAGCUGCUGCCAAAGCAGCUGGCGAGCUCUACGGCUAUGGCCACACAAAUGUGCUCUUCAAGCCCACCAAGGCAGCCGACGCACCAUUUCGACCAACCGGCGCAGAUGCCAUGUCUUACUUUGUUGGACAUAAAGCUGUCGAGAAUGGGUAUGUUGAGGAUGCUGGCUUUGCCAUCAACGGUGGCAAGGGAUGGUCGGACGUGGUUUUCCAGAACCACAAAAUCGAUGUCAGCGGCGACGUUGCCCUUGCCAUGGGCACCUACUUCUUCACCAGCGCUGCAGAUGGGAGCAAGACCAAGGUUGAGUACACCUUCGGCUACAAGAAGAAUGCGGACGGCAAGGUGCGCAUCUGCCUCCACCACUCGUCAGUGCCAUUCGCUGACAAAGCGAAGGUGCAGCCUGCAACGGUGAUGGGCCAAGUUUCCGAACGGCUUGUCGGCGCAUAG